GUAAUUUUCUUCUUUCUUUCUUUCUUUCUUCAGUUAUCUAGUCAGAGUGAAGUCAUCACAAGAGUAGUUCAGAGACUGUGUGAAAAAAGGAAGAAGAAUGUCCUCGCAUAUGGAUACUCCUUACUGGAUGAAAACAGUUCUCACUUCCAAAUCAUGCCGUCUUCAAAUAUAUACAGCUACCUACCCAAUACUGCAACAGAAACUAUUCGUAUCAGCGGCCUCUGGGAAACACUGCUGAGCAGGAUAGGGGAUGAUGUGAUGAUGUAUUUAUUGGAACACUGUGCAAUCUUUAUGCUGGUUCCCCCUAGUAAUUGUUACCAAGUUUGUGGGCAACCAGUUUAUGAACUUAUUUCACAUAAUGUAGACUCAUCCCCAGUGUUUGUUAAACAAAGGUUUUCAAAGCAUAAACGUAGUAGCUUGCUUGACUAUAUGCAAAAAAGGCUUAUGUUUCAUAGACAGUAUCUUUCAAAGUCACAUUGGUGGAAAUACAGACAAAAACUUGAAGCUAAUGUCUCCAGCAUGGGAAAUAAAAAAAGUAACAAGAUACAAAGCUUAGUGUCCAGAAUGGUUACAGAACAUCUGGAAAAACAGAGUAGCUCCAGUUUGUAUUUGUCAGCGACGGCACCAUCUUUAAAAAGGAAGCUUCAUAGGGAACAACUUGAAAUUCCAUCUAAGAGAGCAAAAGUGGAGGAGAAAGUGAGAGAGGAAAAGUCUUGUAAUCUCACUCCUGAUGUAAACCAAAGUAGUUCUAAGAGAUAUGGAACUGGGCAUGUAGCAUCACAUUCUGUAAGUCUCAUUAAAAAGCACAUUUCUCAAAGAAGUAACAGUGAUAUGUCUGGUCCUUCUUUAGUUCACACAUCUGGUGAUGGGAAGAAGUUUGUGGCAGGUGAAAGUUCUUUUCUGCAAGGAGUUCAGAGUGACAGACCUUUAAAGUCCAGCAAUGAAACGCAAGCAGAAUCCCAUAGAAAAGGAGUAGAGAUGCAUAUGUAUAAAUCUCAGUUGGAUUCUGUACAAAUCAAACCCAUGGAGGGUAUUUCUUCAAAAUGCAGAAGGCAGGAAAGUCCCCUAGCUCAUUUGGCAAAGAAGUUACCAAACACGCUCUUGCGUUCUGCGGUGUAUGUUGACAGGAAGCUGCUUCUGUAUUCUCGCAGGAGUUUCCAAGAAUGUUUUCCUAAAUCGUUUUUAUUGAAUCGCUUGCAGGGCUGUCAGGCAGGUGGAAGACGGCUUAUAGAAACUAUAUUCUUAAGCCAAAAUCUGUUGGAGCAAAAGCACAACCAAAGUCUGCCACAUCACAACUGGAGAAAGAAGAGGUUGCCCAAACGCUACUGGCAAAUGAGACAUACCUUUCAGAAACUGUUAAAGAACCAUGGAAAGUGCCCUUACAUAGUUCUCUUGAAAAAAAAUUGCCCUGUCUGGAUAUCUGAAACCAGUGUGAGAAAAACUGAGCUGCCUUGUCAGGCAGCUUUGCCUGGGGAAGCAGAGGUUCACGAGCAAGCAGAACAGUUUGGGAAAGAGCCUACUAAGUGUGUGACAAGCAGCAGAUGUGAAUCUGGUCACGCUGAUGUGCCAGACAACUUACACGCUCCUCUAGCAAAAUCUGUGCGUGAGGAGUCGCAGAGUGAGGAGCAGAACCCAGGAGAGGUGUGUGAUUCAGCCCUUGGGGAGCUCCUCAAGCAGCACCCCAGCCACUGGCAGGUGUACAUCUUUGUGAGGGAGUGCCUGGAGCGGGUCAUCCCCGCUGAGCUUUGGGGUUCAAACCAUAACAAGUGCCGGUUCUUAAAAAAUGUGAAAGCAUUCAUUUCCAUGGGGAAGUUUGCUAAGCUUUCAUUGCAGGAGUUGAUGUGGAAGAUGAGAGUGAAUGACUGCGUGUGGCUUCGUCUAGUCAAAGGUGAUCACUUUGUUCCUGCCUAUGAACACUGUUUCCGUGAAGAGCUUUUGGCUAAAUUCCUAUACUGGCUGAUGGAUACCUAUGUUGUUGAGUUGCUCAGAUCAUUUUUCUAUAUCACCGAGACCAUGUUCCAGAAAAACAUGCUUUUCUACUACCGAAAGUUUAUUUGGGGCAAGUUACAGAACAUUGGAAUUAGAAACCAUUUUGCCAAAGUACAUCUACGUGCUUUAUCUUCAGAGGAGAUUGAAGCUGUCCGUCAAAAAAAAUAUGCUCCUAUGGCAUCAAAGCUCCGGUUCAUUCCCAAAGCGAAUGGUUUAAGACCCAUAGUAAAAGUGAGCGGUGUUGUUGAGGCACGAGCAUUCAGCAGGGAAAGCAGAGAAAAGAAGAUGCAUCACUACAACACUCAACUAAAAAAUCUAUUUAGUGUGUUAAAUUAUGAACGGACCAUAAACACCAGUUUUAUCGGCUCGUCAGUGUUUGGGAAAGAUGAUAUCUACAAGACAUGGAAGAAGUUUGUUACAAAGGUUCUUGAAUCAGAUGGUGAAAUUCCUCAUUUCUACUAUGUUAAGGCUGAUGUGUCCAGGGCUUAUGAUACCAUUCCUCACAAUAAACUUGUGGAAGUGAUUUCACGGAUCUUAAACCCUGAGAAAAGAACUGUCUAUUGCAUACGGCGCUAUGCUGUGAUUAUGAUUACCACAAGUGGAAAAGCCAGGAGAUUCUAUAGGAGACACGUUUCUACUUUCAAGGAUUUUAUGCCAGAUAUGAAGCAAUUUGUGUCCCAGCUUCAGGAGAAUGCUUCAUUGCAAAAUGCAAUAAUAGUUGAACAGAGCUUAACUUUUAAUGAGACAAGCUCCAGCCUGUUUACUUUUUUUCUUCAAAUGAUACAUAACAACAUCCUGGAGAUUGGAAGCAGGUACUACUUACAGUGCUGUGGAAUUCCACAGGGCUCCAUUUUGUCAACCUUACUUUGCAGCUUAUGCUAUGGAGACAUGGAAAAUAAAUUGCUCUGUGGAGUACAGCAGGAUGGAGUCCUAAUACGUCUCAUUGAUGACUUUUUGCUCGUUACGCCACAUUUAAUGCAGGCAAGAACUUUUCUAAGGACUCUAGCGACAGGUAUUCCUGAGUAUGGCUUUUUAAUAAACCCCAAUAAGACAGUCGUGAAUUUUCCUGUUGAUGAUAUCCCAGGAUGUUCCAAAUUUAAACAGCUGCCAGAUUGUCGUUUGAUCCCGUGGUGUGGUUUAUUAUUAGAUAUACAGACACUUGAGGUUUACUGCGAUUACUCCAGUUAUACCCGUACUUCUAUCAGAUCAAGUCUUUCCUUCAAUUCAAGUAGAACAGCUGGCAAAAACAUGAAAUACAAAUUGAUUACAGUCCUCAAACUGAAAUGCCAUUGUUUAUUUCUUGAUUUACAGAUCAACAGCCUUAGAACAGUUUUCAUUAACAUCUACAAGAUAUUUUUACUUCAGGCUUACAGGUUCCACGCCUGUGUUCUCCAACUUCCAUUCAACCAGCAAGUUAGAAACAAUCCUUAUUUCUUCCUAAGGAUCAUCUCUGAGACUGCAUCAUGCUGCUAUGCUAUCCUGAAAGCAAAAAACGCAGGGGUUGCUUUAGGUAACAAAGGUGCAUCUGGCGUGUUCCCUUCUGAGGCAGCAGAAUGGCUCUGCUAUCAUGCCUUCACUGUCAAACUGGCAAACCACAAAGUUGUUUACAAAUGCUUGCUUAAGCCCCUAAAAAUCUGUAAGAUGCAGCUAUUCAGGAAGAUCCCAAAGGAUACAAUGGCACUACUGAAGACAGUGACAGAACCAUCUCUUUGUCAAGAUUUCAAAGCUAUCCUGGACUAACUGAUUGGAGUUUAUUUCAUGAUUUUUCCAGGUUUGAAAAGAAAUGCUAUGUCUUCAGAUUACUUUUCUCUGUAGUCUGUUUUGGUAGAAUGGACCAAAAGCAACUUUACUCAGAAGUUUUCCAUGCUUGUUUCUCAGAUACCACACAAGGACUUAAAAAGAACAGACAAUUUUGUUAAUACCUUCUAGUUUGUGUUUUCGUGUAAAUUCACAGGCUAUUUGAAGUAAUUGACUUGGUUUCGUUCAGUAAUUCCCAUCUUAUUGAUGAAGGCAUCGUUAAACUAUGUUCUGUAUGAACAGAUCUACUUUCUUGUUUCAGUGUGUUUCUGAAGAACUGUUCUUUGAUCCUCCAUGUUGCAGACUAUUUUAUAAUAAAUUGUCUGGUUAAUUGCA